AUGUCUAAAUUAUAAGAUACAAAUAGAAAAUUCAAUAAUACAAAAUAACGAUGGGUAUUAUUAUUUAUAAUAUAAUUUUCUACAGGAAACAUUAACAGCAAAUAUUGGAAACAAGGAAAAUAUCUAAGUUGGAAAUAAAAUAGCAGUAACAAAAACCAUAAAAAAGUGCACAACAGCAAUAGCUCUAGAGAAAAAAAAACCUUUACCUUAAAGAACAAUAACAAAAUAUUUCAAAAUGACGAAUAUUAAAAAAUAUCCAAACUUAUAAUUAUUUGACUCAAAAGGACGUGUAAGAGAGUUCUUAUGUUAUGAUGACAGUUUAUUAAAAAUACCUCCAGCCUAUAAUUAAACAAUUUCACAUGUAUUAAUAAUGUAUUAAUUAUAAUAGUCUAUGGAUAAUGAUUGUUAAUCUGAUAAUGAAUAGGUUGAAUCUGCUGUUAGAUAACUUACAUACUUUCUCGAAUCUACUUUAAAUUAAUACAAAUAACAUUCUUAAUGA